CUCGGCCGUGUCGCGCCGCCAUACGGAGUGCAGGCCGAGCCCGCGCCAUGGCCGCACAGGUGCAGACUCUGCCACCACCACACCGCGCCGCCGGCCCGGCCCCCGAGCACAGCGAGCCCCAGGCCGCCAGCAAACGUCUCAUGGCGGCUCCGCCCCCCAAGGUCAAUCCGUGGAGUAAGCCGGCGCUUGCCGUCGAGCUGGGAACUCCGAGUCCUGGGCCUGCCGCAGAGCCUGGGCCCGAGGCCCGGCCUGAGCCGCCGGUACAGGCCGGAGACGGCGCUGAGGAGUCGAAAGUCGCCAGCGGCCGCAGGAAGGAAUUUAUCGAGGCUCCGCCGCCCAAGGUGAACCCGUGGACCCGAAGAGUGAGUGGGAGCGGCGCGGAUGCCGAUCCAGAAAUGCCAGCACCGGCCAGAGUCGUCAAAGCAGGAAACCCAAGACCAAAGAAAGGAACCAAGGUCAGUGAUUUUGGUGACACCACAAACUGGCCGACUCCUGGUGAAAUCGUCAAUAACAAGACAUGGGAACCAGCGAUCACCCCUGAGCAGUCACAAAACAGUAAAGUGCAGCACAACAAAAAGCCACUCACACGAAAGGAGCGGUCUGAGAAAUGUGACAAUAGUGAAUGCAAAGAGAACCAGCGAACCAAGUCAGAUGAAUCACCAGAGGAGAGAAGUGCUGAUGAGGAUUCUCAAAAAUCUGCACAGAAGAGGAAAGGGUACAAACAAAAAUGGGUCCCACUCCAAUUGGAUGUAAAAUCAGAGGGAACACAGGAGAAAGCAGUAACCCGAACCAACCUGCGUCCUCAGAAUGAGCCUCUGCGUCCACCAGUCAACAAUAGGAGUGACUCCAAAGGUUACCAUCGUGAGGAGAAGUACGACAUGAGGGAUUGGCGGGAAGACCGUGAUGAGAUUUCCAGCGUCAAAAGCGAGGGUGGAACAAUCCGAGGAGGCUACAGGGGACGAGGGCGAGGUCGAGGCCGGGGGAGGGGUCGUGGCAGAGGUGCUUCCCGCUCUCACUUUGACUACCAUUACACUUACAAUGCAAAUGCAGAUGGAAAUGAUGGAUUGUACAGGCCAAAAUAUGGUGGUGAUAUCAUCUAUUACUAUGACAAUCAGAGCAGUGCGGAGCUGUACACUAUGGACAAAAAGUUGCUCAAAGACUACAUCAAGAAACAGAUUGAGUACUACUUCAGCUUGGACAACCUGGAACGAGACUUUUUUCUCAGACGAAAGAUGGAUGCUGAUGGUUUCCUGCCAGUCUCAUUAAUAGGAGGUUUUCAUCGAGUCCAGGCAUUAACCACAGAUAUCAACCUUAUCUUGGAGGCUCUGAAGGACAGCACCGAGGUAGAAGUGGUGGAUAAAAAAAUACGAAAGAAGGAAAAUCCAGAGAAAUGGCCUCUGCCGGAGACAGACUUCACACGACUACUCAAUUGUCCCGAAUUCAUUCCUGGGCAGACCUACAAAAAGCAGACAGAGUCAGCUCCAGGUUCUCCUCAGGCGGGCAGUGCUGUGAAUUCAAAGACUGAAGAACCCAGUAAUCUGAAGACUUUGCCUAAGGGACUUUCCACAAGCCUUCCAGACCUAGACUCUGACACGUGGAUUGAAGUGAAGAAACGGCAUCGGCCAGCUCCCACAAAACCAAAGAAGUCUGAGGAACCCAAAUCACAGAUAUGUUCGAAGCCAGACCAAGAGGAACAGGAGGAACUUGAUUUCAUGUUUGAUGAGGAGAUGGAACAGAUGGCAGGUCGCAAGAACACUUUCACCGACUGGUCAGAUGAAGAUUCGGACUGUGAGAUUGAUGAUCGUGAUGUAAACAAGAUUCUGAUUGUGACGCAGACCCCUCCGUACCUGAGAAAACAUCCUGGUGGGGACAGGACAGGCAAUCAUGUCUCCAGGGCAAAGCUAACUUCUGAGUUUGGCAAAGUCAUCAAUGAUGGUCUCUACUAUUACGAACAGGAUCUGUGGAAAGAAGAUUAUGAACCAGAAUAUGCAACAAUAAAGCAAGAAGUGGAAAACUUCCGUAAGCUGCAUAUGAUCAGCCGUGAGGAGUUUAACACAUUGGCUCCUGAACCGCCUGUUGAUCGUAACCAGGAGGUUCCACCUGGUCCUCCUCGGCCACAGCAGGUACCUACAGAUGCACUGGCCAACAAGUUGUUUGGUGCUGCUGAACCUCCGAUAUCUUGUGUGGCACGAUCUCUGCCAACAACAGUGCCAGAAUCCCCAAGCUACCGGGGUGCACGGACCCCUCGUACACCUCGCACGCCUAGGUUAAAGGAUCCAAGUCAAGCUCCCAGGUUUUAUCCUGUAGUGAAAGAAGGGAGGCCGUUGGAUGCGAAGAUGCCCCGCAAACGCAAGACGAGGCACAGCUCAAACCCCCCUCUGGAGAGCCAUGUGGGGUGGGUGAUGGACUCAAGAGAGCAUAGACCGAGGGCAUCCUCCUUCAGUUCAAAUGCCAGUCCUUCUGAAGGAAUUCCAGUGGCUGGUAAUUAUGGUUGCACGCCACAAUCUCUUCCCAAGUUCCAGCACCCCUCCCAUGAGUUAUUGAAGGAGAAUGGAUUCACACAGCAUGUUUAUCACAAGUUUCGCAGGAGAUGUCUAAAUGAGAGAAAGAGAUUGGGAAUAGGACAGUCUCAGGAAAUGAACACCCUUUUCCGAUUCUGGUCCUUCUUCCUGAGAGAUCACUUCAACAGGAAGAUGUAUGAAGAAUUCAAGCAGCUGUCAAUAGAGGAUGGGGAUGAAGGUUACAGGUAUGGGCUAGAGUGCCUUUUCAGAUAUUACAGCUAUGGCCUUGAGAGGAAAUUUAGACCGGAGAUAUUCAAGGAUUUCCAGCAAGAAACCAUUGUGGAUUAUGAAGCAGGACAGCUGUAUGGAUUAGAGAAAUUCUGGGCCUAUCUAAAGUAUUCAAAAGCUAAGAAUCUGGAUAUCGACCCAAAACUUCAGGAAUACCUCAGCAAAUUUAAACGCUUAGAAGAUUUCCGGGUGGAUCCUCCAAUUGGCGAUGAUGUUGGCCGCAAACGACAGUCACUGGCAGGUGAAGAAAAACGCCGGCUCCCAUCCGUGUCUUCCAGUAAAAUGUGUGGUUCUGCCAGUGAUGCUGAGAAUGGGUCGCUAUUUCCCCCUCAAAGCAUGAACGAAGGAACCAAUUCAACUCUGAUCCCAGAAGGGGCUUCGGCAGGACUCGUGCAAGUGAGAGCCACAGGCAAAUAGAGAGUGGACUCUGCCUCUAACCCUGGAUCUUUAUUUGUACUUUGGUAUUGUCACCUCAAUGAGCUACAGAAAAACUGGGCUGGAUAUCAGACAUUCUUCAACGCUGGGCAGUGGCCAUUGCAGCAACUGCAGGAAGAUUUAUAUUCUAUGCUGGUUUCACAGCCUUCACCCAUAUGAAUGAAUGUUGCAUGAGAACAAUUGGUCUGAAAUAUAAUUCAUCUGCUUGAUUUGGGAGUCGACAAUACAGCUUCACUCAGAUAUCCAAAAAAAAAUCCGAACCCCUCCCUAGUGGAGAAUGGGAUUAAAGAGAUGCCUUAUUAUUGCCUGCUCCUGUUUGUGAGCAGCACAUAGUUAAAUUCUGCUCGCUCAGCUAAUGACUCUCCUGUUGGUCUGCUAAUGUUGAUAAAAUUAUCCGUUCCUUACCCUGGAUUUUGAAUUGUUGAGGUUUUUGUUAGUGCCCCAAUUUAAAGUUGCCGCAGGCGGACGGAAUAGGAAUGGUGAUGUCAAAUACAGAUGCUCUUGCACCACAGGUACUUUGUGUCAGGCCAGAUCCCCAUGGUGGACUGAACUUCAAUAGCCUGACGGCCGCAGAUACUGACGUUAGAAAAUAGCCCAGUGACCCAUGUCAAGCUUUCCAUCAGGGUCACUGCUAAAUUGUCUUUGGCCACCAUUCUUAUCCUGUUACCAUCUAGUUGUCUCUUUCACUUUGCCAUACCCAAGCCAGCACCUUGAAAAAUUGAACUAUCUGAUUUCUUCGGCAUUGAUGAAUCUGUCUGCUUGAAGUAGUAUUGCUGAAAUUAUACUGGGUGACAUCAUUCACGACUGUCAUGUGUUCUGUAGGGAUGUCACAGUGUCGUUUAUUUUGAUGUCCUGGUAAAGUAGUGACCUGAAGUCGCAUCUAGAUUGUUGUCCUGGAAUCACAGCCUUUGCUAGGAGCCAAAGUGUCACCGUGUUAAUCAUUAUCAUCAUCACUUUAGUUUUGGGCUGUGGUUCGAGUAAAUGGAAAAAAAACUGAGCCUUUCGGGUUUGCUGUGUGCUACUUUAAUGCUGUUGAUACGUCGUGCUUGCUGUGCAUGUAUCUCAUGGGUAGCAGGAGUAGGCUCUGCAGAAUGAGCUGGUGAUGAGAAAACCUAUUAGCUUAGGCUUUCCAACUAGCUCUACGCCGGGUUCAUCUGUCCUCUGAGGAACCGUUGGCACGAUUGAUCCCUCUGUCCCCGAGGGUUGGGUGACACUUGUGAUGAGAUUUCAUCUUCUUUGCUCUCUUUCAGUGCAUUUAGAUGUCCCAUUCUUGUACCUUAUUACUUUUCAUGCUUUUUUUUCUUCCCUUUUGUAUCUCCCUGUCCAUCAGUUUAUCUCGUGCCCAUCCCCUGCCCCUCACACACGCCAAUGACAUGUCUCUUCUCUCAUGCAUGUGUGUCAGUGUCUUAAGUGCACAAACACACCGCCCAUUUGUUUUUCUAUCGUGCAUGUGUGCCCUCUGAACGUCAUGCACAUACCCACCCCUCUGCCCUUCCAUCUCCCAGCAAAAUUGUCUAAGUUAUUUAGGAUCUUCUUGCUGUAUGGGAAUUGUAUCUCCACGUGAAUGGACCAUGCACUAAUGUAGAAUGUGGCAGGUGUCACUGAAUAUAACCUUCGUCUUCCUCUUUCCUCAGUGCCGAACUCACUGAAGGGCUAAACUCCUGAAACCAAAGGUUUGAUCCAUGCUGUUGAAUGUUUUUGAUGUUAGUUCUUAUAGAAGACAUGGGAGAAGAACUGCUGACCAUUGUAAGGAGUGUGGGAUAAAAUAUUAGUCCUGGGUAACUUUCCCUCUUCCCAGGGCUGUAAUGCUUUUCAAGAGGAUGUGUCUAAUUGAACCUCGCCACAAUUAGGUAUGUCCUAAAAACAUCCGAUGUGUUUAGGGUCUUCUAGACUGCAAACACUUGAGGACGGCUGCCUGAUGGUGUUCGCAAAGUUGAUUAAAACCUGACACUAGUUCUGUGACUUUGAGAACUCAUUGUUUACAUUUACAUGUUCAGUCAUCCCAUAAUCUUCCAGGAUUCCUGUAAGCGACUGCCUGGAUUGUCAGGACUGAGAUCACUCACAGGACAUUGGUUUCCUCUCCUUAACCAGAAUGUUCAUGUCGAACAGACUGAUUUAUUUGCAACUAAGAGGCUCAAUUAUUGGUGUAAUUCAGGUGGAGAUUCCUGAAUGUGCAACCAGUUGUGUAAUGUGAAGCUGCUGUUUAUUUAAUGAAUUUCUUUGAAAUG